AUGGCGUUGAUUCAUAAUAGCUGAAAUAAUUUAAUAAUAUCUAGAUCCUGAAAGAGCACGUGUUGUUCACCGUGUGAUCUGCUGAUCAUUUUUUGUUGAUCGCGCGCGGCCGGGACAGAGCAGGGCAGAGCAUCUCUGGGACUCGCAGACGUAAAUUAUCCUCCGGAGCGAACGAAGGAUCUCGUGGUAUUACGAUGGCAAAUGCAAGUGACCACGACGACAGUGUAGAGUGUUACGCUCGACAAAAGCUGGCCAGCGCGGAUAAGUUAUAUGCCGCGACAUAUUUGAACAAGACUGAUGAGACAAGAGCAAACGCCCUUGCGGAAAUUAAACGCUGGAUUAAGGAGAAGGAAGACUUACAUGCACAAAACGACACGUCGAGUCUCUCCCCGGUGGGCGAGGCUUCGCGUUCACCAACGUUCACUAACGUCGCGAUGGCGAGCACUUGCAGCGACAGUGUUAUGCCUCAUGCUCCACAAGAGCUGACUGAAGAGGAUAAAAGAUAUGCAGCAACAAAUUUGAACGAGACUGACGAAACGAGAGAGAACUCUGUCGCGGAGAUCAAACGCUUGAUCGAGAACGAACUGCGCAUACGAAUCGAUGACUUUCUCAUCCUGCGAUUUUUGAGAGUAUGCAAGUUUGAUCUUGAGAAAACUAAUAUCAGGAUACGAAACUAUUAUAAGCAACGAUCCAAUUUACCAGAAUGGUACAUGAAUAGAGAUCCGUUUCGACCAGAACUGCAGGAAUUGCUUGAAUUGGGAGUGUUUUUGCCUCUGCGGAAGCCGGAUAGUGAAGGAAGAUUAGUUAUUUUGGUGCGCGGCACUCGGCAUGAUCCAAGAAGACACAAUAUAUCAGACAUAGUUAAGAUCGGUGUUAUGGCGACGGAAGUGGCAAUGAAAUAUUACCCCGCAGCAUCUGUGUACGGUUUUGCAUCGUUUAUAGACAUGGUCAAUCCAACUGUACGCCAUAUUCUUCAGUUGCGACCCUAUAUAUUAAUGAAUUUAAUCCACGCGUGGCAAAGCUGCUAUCCUAUAAGAAUCCAAAAGAUCAAUAUAUUCAAUGUACCGGCAUUUUUCAACGUUAUUGUGGAGAUUCUCAAAUCAUUCAUGACUGAGAAGAUAAAGAAUAGAUUUAAUGUCUAUUCACAUACGACCGACUGUUUUAAAGAUAUUCCCGCUGAGAUUUUGCCCGUCGAAUAUGGCGGCACUGAUGGUACAAUCCAGGAAUUAACAGAAUAUUGGAAGAAAUUAAUUGAAGAAAAUGGCGGCUGGCUUACGCAUAAUGAUGAGAAUGAUAGAAUCGAAUAACAUUUCAGAGCAGUAGGUUCAAAAUCAGAAGAAAAUAUUUGUUCUUUGCGCACACUUCAAUGCAUUUGUUAUCGAACUAAUUAUACAUCGUGAUUGUUGAUGCUGAUUUAUAUCGCUAAUAUGAUACUAGAAAUCAUAUAAAUUUUAAAGCGCAUGCCUGUCAAUUUUCUUUAUCAUUAGUUGCUCGUUAAAUUGCAGGUCAAAAUGCGCUUUCUUAAUUCGCAAUCACAUGUCCCGCGUUUACUAUCGUCACGAUAGUAACGUCACUGAAACGCGGUAUCAGCUAUUAAUAAAGAUAAAAUGUUACUCGUUGCAGAAACGGGUUUAUUUUUUUAUGCGACAAGCAAUAAAGUAUCGCAUGCGAUUUCUUUAUUAAGAAAGAUUUACCGGCGACUUUUACAAAGGUUUAAUAAUAGUAGAAUAUGUACGGUAUAAUCUUGUAACACAUUUGGUUUUAUUUUCCCAAAUAAAGGUUGUUUACCAGGC